AUGACAUCCGCGAGGGCCAUCAUCAAGGUCGUUGAGGCAUCCUGCCAGCUGCUGGCAGGCAGGAGGAAGUUGCCGCUGCCCUGCUUCCUGCUCUGUGCUUGCCGCACGUCAAUCUGGCCACGCUUGCGGCUGGCCACGCCAGAGGUAGCACUUUGCCUUCCACCAGUGCUGCCACUCAAGGUAUUUGAUGAAAUGCCAGUUCAAGUUCAAGCUAAUAAAUUCAGUGCACCUUCUUCCACUAAUCGUGUGUGCCUGGUUCAUCUUUUUGCGCCCUCUCCCUCCCUUCUCUCUCUCCCUCUUCCGUCCCCCACCGCGCCGCCACUCUUCCGCCACCGGCUUGCCCUCCUCGAGCUCCACCCCGUGGUGCGGACCACGAAGCUCGCGCCGGAGGUCGAGGACGCGGCGCGGCCCCCUCCUCCUGCCCAGCAGCGCGCAGAGGGAGCAGCUGCGGCCCGCCUCGGUUCAUCCGCCUCGCCGGCCGGCAGCUCCUCUCCCGCGGAGGUCCAGCCUGGAGGCAAGGCGGCGGCAGCAUCAGGCCCGCGGCAAGGAGGAGCGGGGCGCGAAGGAGGAGCAGCAGCGGUGGUCUGUGCCUGCUCCUCCCUUGUCCAUGGUCGGGGCGGCCGGCGUAGGCGAGCGGCGUGCAGGGGAUGGCUCGGCUUGCUACUUCUCCGCCUUUGCGUCCAUGGCUGGCAGCGGUGCGGGCGGAUCUCUAUCCAAAUCGGACGCAAUUACUCCUACGGCGCUAGCAGGCAGCAGCUGGAUCUGUUCGGGCGGACGGGCGCGGAGAAGAGAGAGGUAGGUCGUGCAAAAGGCGGAGCGCCACGACGAAGCUGUCGGAGGCUCGGAGCUGCGGUCCUCCUUCCGCUUCCACCCCAACAGGCCGCGGCGGCCGCGGCCCUCUACAUGCUCUGCACGGUGGCAGGCCCGUCUCCAGCAAAUGAAUCAUCUGCGGCAAUCCCGUCGUUGCGGAUUCCCGUCGCGGCUCCCCUGCUAGCUAGACUGCUAGAGGCUGGUCCUUCACGUGAGCAACCUCUUGCAACAGCUACUCGGCUACGUCUCCGCUCGUCUGUCAACCAUAUGUGCUCGACCAUUCAGCUAUUCCCAAUGAGGCAUCUCUGUGGGUGAUGAAUACAUUGAAUAGUAAAAGGAAAGGUGAUAACCUACAACUAUUUCAUCAUUUUCCCAAUGUUUAAUAGUAUCUUAUUAUCAACAUGAUACAGAUAUGUUCAUCUUCCUUUUCUAAGAUUCUCAAAUCAGUUUCUUUUUAAUUAACCAAGGAGGUAUUUGGCAAGUUUUGCUACUCUGAAACCUACCAUAAAUCUGGCACCUGCGCACCUCAACUCUUAUACUUUUCAUAUCACCUCAUAUAAAUCAUCUUUGACUUUGCUGCCAAUAUUGAAAAAUCAUCUGGAUAGUUUUGGCUACAUCUUAAUGCUAAACAGGGUACAUUGUUUACCUACAGAAGCUAUUUAGUUCACUGUUAUUAGGUUUGUAAAUUUUAUUCCCCAUCAUGUUGCUUUCAUCCCUAUAGCUUUAUUUACCUCUGUUUGGCCACAUGGACCAUGGACAAUCAAUUUACCCAAGAGAAAAUUACAGUGUGUAGUUCAGUAGACCCUGCAAUGAUUUUAACUUAUUAGAAAUUACACAUACUCUUUUCUUUAUUAAAAAAUAAAGAAAGAUAGUAAAAAGAUUGCAUUUCUAAUUAAGUUACAUGCCUAUACUCAGUGUUCUAAUUUGCUCUACCUCAAAUUAGUAUGUAUUUUAGUAUACUAGAAUUUCAUAGGAUAGGAGUACAAUCAGUUUAGAUUGAGCAUACUCAGAUGUUUUUUCCCUUUAAAAUUUCAUAGGAUAGGAAGGUACAAUCAAAUUGACUCUUUUCUCAUUUCCUCUUUUAUAUUUUGUAGUAUUAUGUUGCCCCAUGACAGUAUCAAAUUAUUUUUUAAAGCAUUGAAUAUGUGUUAUUUCUCAAGGCACCUACAAGGUAUCAACCACAUAUAACUAUGUGCACAUUUUGUCGGUGUAUAGACCCGGCGGCCUAGCACCAACUAUACAUCCAUAUCGCUGAACCAAACCGUGGCCUGCGGAGCCAUGUGUUACUGUUACCACGUGGGCCCGUGGCAUGUGCUGGCUGUCACCACACGUCGUCCUUCCAACGAACGUGUCGCCUCCGUGUUCUGCCGAGCAGAGGUUGCGUCCAGGGGCGGAUACAGGAGGGGGGCUAGGGGGGCUCAAGCCCCCCUAAGCUCCCCUAAUUACACGUAAAACACUGUAGCAAGACCUCCAAAUCACCAUUAAAUCUUCACACAAAUCAACAUCUCUAUUGUUUCA